AUGUUUAUUCGAAUACAUCUUGCACUUCCUCUUGAAAAUAUGGCCUUGGUUUCAUGUGUUUCAGACUUGAAACCUGGUGACUACAUAUUAGUUAAAUUUUCUACAACUAAUAAAAGAAAGUUAACAUAUAAGUAUGUGACCACAGUAUUACAAUUGAUGAACAAUAAUGAGAUUGAAAUACAGUGCUUUGAAGCUACAGAUGAAGAAAACACUGAGUUCAUUGUAAUUGAAAAUGAUAUAUCUGUAAUAGAUAUAAGUGACAUUGUGGGUAAACUACCUUACCCAGAACUAAAAAAAAGUGGUAGACAGUUAAAAUCCAUUUUUCCUGGAGUUGUUGAUGUUUUUGAAAAGUUUUAA